AUGACCCAAAUAGAAGUUAUAGAAGGUGAAAAACAUGAAAGAGAAAUCUUCACGUUAGAAGAAGACGUUCAAAUCUGGGAAUUCCUUCAUCGUUUCGCUUACGAUGAAGCAGAGCAGAUUGCAGAGAAGUUUACAGAACCGCAUCCGAAUCAAUGCAGGAAACUCUGGAGAACGUUCAUUAGAGAAACUGAUUCCCGACGAUCAGUACCGGUUCUGUGUACGAGAUACCGAAAAAUGACGAAAAAUCUGCACAAAAUGCCGUUCGGAACAGAAAUGAAGCUGAAUCUCUACUAUUCGUUGGACAUUCCAGUGCCGGAAGAAUUCACUCGAGAAGCAUGGCGUUUUGCAAAGAUAACGUUGAACAAGGACAGUCUCGUCGAAGAGUUUGAAAUGAAGACUGACGAGGAAGUUAGGAGAGAUAGCGAAGAAGAAUAUCAAUUGAUGGAAGGUCUUGUGAAGAAGAAAAUGGAGAAAAUUGAGAAAGAAGAAUGUGAAAAAUUGCAAGAGCAGAGAAGACAGAAUUGGCGAAAAAGGAAGGAGAAAAAACAGCAAGAAGCAGGAGCUACCAUUGCCGAAGUUACUGUUGAUGUUCUUCCGUUUCCUCCAAAGAAACGUCUCUCUACCCAGAUGUUACAAAACGAAGUGACCGCUCCUCCCUCCAAACGCCCAAGAGUCUUUUAUAGCGUAGAGGAUGACGUCAAGUUGUGGACUCAUUUGCUUUCAAAAGUCAAUAGUGAUCAUGAACUGAACCCGAAAUCCGCUAAAUUUUGGAAAGAAUUUCUAGGAGCAAAUGCAGAGAAAAUCAUGGAGCGCAAACUUGCCUACCACUAUGGCAAAAUGACGAAUAAUCUACACAAGAUGCCAUUCGAUAUGCGCAUGAAAACUGUCCUAUAUUAUGCACUGCACAUUCCCGUUGAGUCGAAAUUCCUCGAACUCUUAAAAAGCAAGACGGAUGUCACAAUCGAUGAAAAUGGGUGCAUUGUGGAGUACAACUCGUUCGAGCUCCCAGAAGAAGCCGAGCGAAUUCCUACGACGAAUCAACGAACCAACGAGCCAGUAGACUCGACAUUUAUUGAGAAUUGCCUGUACUAUUUAUCAGCCUACUAUAUAAAUGAAAUGUUGUACUCUUUUCUUCUUAUUUAG